CGCGAGUGUGUUGUGGGCCUUAUUUUUUAUUGAUUUUACUAGUGUGUGAAAAUGUUGCGACUUUGUGUUUCGAUAGCGAUCCUGGGGUGCACUUUGGCUAGGCCUCAGCAUCAGUACCAACAACAGGGCGUAGAAGGCAUCCCCCCUCACCUACUGAGGCAGUACAUCGGACAACAGCAGCAAGCGCAACAGACGCAGGUCAUCCCCCGGCCUGCCGCCGCCGCCGCCCCCGCUAGACUGCCCUACUCAGCCCAGAGCGAAGGUCAAUACCAACACCAGUACCAACCACAGCCCCAGUACCAGGCCCAGCCAGCUCCGCAGCCUCAGCCCCAGCCCCAGUACAGGCCUCAGUACCAGCCGCAGAGGCAGCAAGAACAGCGCGAACCCGAGGACUAUGACCCUCAUCCUUCCUACCAGUUCGGCUUCGACGUGAACGACGACCAGUACACCAACUACCAGAACCGCAAGGAGCAGAGGGACGGUGACGUCAUCAAGGGCUCCUACUCCGUCGUCGACAGCGAUGGCUUCGUCAGAACCGUCACCUACACCGCUGACCCUAAAGAGGGCUUCAGGGCUGAGGUCUCCAGGCAGCCCACCGACAUCGUGGUCAAGAUCCCGACUCCCAAGCCCCAGUUCCAGCAACCCCAGGUCCACCAGCCGCAGGUCCAUCAGCCGCAGCCGCAACACCAGCCCCAGCAAGCCCACAGGCAGCAGGCCCCUCCUCAAUACUACCGAUAUGAGCAGCAAUAGAUAUAAGUAAAAGGAGAGGCGGAUCCGGAGAGAGCAGUUUGGGAAUAAUAAGAUUACGCAAAACUUAACUUCCAAAUCUAUUCGCGGUGAUAAUUUAGGGUCAAUUUCAUCGGUUCUUGAUAAGUUCUAACUUAAAAACUAAAAAAACAAAAAGGUUACUGGUUAACCAGUGAUUUUCUGCCAUCGAGAUUUGAAAAUUAUAAAUAACUUGAAAAUUAUAAAUAAUUUGAACAUUCGAGAUUUGUUAAAUCAAAAGUCAUUCUUAAUCUUAUUCAAGGACUUUACUAGAAAGUGGUGUAACAAGCCCCUAUACUUUAAGCUAAAUUUUACGUAUAUUGAAACGGACUAAUUUCGAAAAACAGUCAUCAGUCAAAAAUGGCAUUAGGUAAAUUUCCUUUCUCUGGAUCCACCGCAAAGUCAAAAAAAUAAUAUUGAUUGUAAUCUAGAAUUUUUUACUUGUCCUGUAUCUAGUCCUGGAUCUUACUUUUUCUUGAGUACUCA